AUGAAAUUUCUAAGUAUUACCGAUAAAGGCAUUUCUUGUGUUUUCUGGUUAACCUUUUUCAUCAGUUCCAUUUCCAUUGCUUUAAAUCUAGCUGUUAUUCUAGGCCACACGUCGUUACCAGUCAUCAAAACAUGGGAAAAACUUAGAGGGCCGCCAGGUAUACCUGGUCCGCCGGGGCCUCGUGGAGAGCGUGGUUUUCGAGGAAUAACAGGACGCCCUGGAAUGCAAGGAUUAAAAGGAGAAAAAGGCGAAUCUGGAUUGGGUGAUAAAGGAACGAAUGCUGGGCCUCCAGGGCCUCCAGGCCCACCAGGACCACCCGGGCCUCGAGGUCCACCAGGACCCGGUGAUGGAGGACAGGAGAAUGAGGUUGAUCCAAUAGGAAUAUUAGAUGUACAAAAACGAAUCGAUCUACAAACACAAAAUGUCGGCAAUAAUGCUAAUCAGUGGGCCGCUGAAGGCAGCACUGAUAAAAUGGGCAACCAAGGAGAGGAAGUAAAACAACAACAAUUUCAGCAGCAGGUAUUGCAGCAACAGCAACAACAAUUGCUAUUACAACAACAAUUACAACAACAGCAACAACAGCAGCAGCUGCAGCAGCAAUCAGUUCAACAACCACCACUACAACAACAACAACAACCAGUAUUCCAGCAAGUGCAUAUACAGCAGCAGCAACAACAACCUAUGCAACAGCAGCAACCGCCUGUUCAGCAACAAGUACCAAUACAACAGCAGCAACAACCUCCUAUUCAGCCACCAAUACAACAACAACCAAUACAGCAGCAACCUCCUUUACAGCAACAACCAAUGCAGCAACAGCAAUUGCAACAGCAGCAACAACAACAGCAACAGCCACCUAUGCAGCAGCAACUUAAUUUUGACCAGCAACAGCAAAUGCCACCAGUGCAAGCACAACAGCAGCCACUGCUACAACAACCUCAAAUGCAGCAGCAACAACAGUUUCAGCAGCAAGCAGCUCAGCAACAACAACAAUUUCAACAGCAAGGGGCCAACAUGGGCGGCCAACACACAGGCCAAGCAGAUAAUAACUUUGCAAAUGCUGGUAUUCCACCAGGAUCAAAUAUAGGAGGUGCAAAUGCUCAAGACGGUCAACAAAUUCCCCAAAAUGUUAUGCAAGGAGGAGCCAGAGUUUAG